AUGGAAGAUGCAACUCACACUUGUUACAAUACCAUUUCGGUUGCUUUUGAUUCGGACGUUCUGUUAGACAAAACAAAGUUUUCAAUCCCAAUCACCUCCACCGAUUCAAAAGCUUUAUCACCAAUAUCAAGCAUUCAAACAUUACUUUCAACUCAAUCUUUUUAUUUCAGUAUUCAAACGAUAUCAAACACAGAAAAUCUUCCAAUCAAUAUUUCUCUUCAAUAUCAAGAUACACAGACAUUCGAUUAUCCCAAUAUAACAACUCUAGUAUGCAACAGAGUGAAUGUCGAGGAUUUUAAAAUAGUAAAAGUCUCAAAUCUAUCUUUAUACAAUGCUAUGACCAUAGGCCUCUCUUGCCAAGCUCCGCCCUUCUAUUGUUCUACAAAUCCAACAUCAAGAGAUAAUCAAUUCGCAGUCUCUCUAUCUAUACCUCUAGGAUAUCAAUCAAUUCCUUCGAGCACUGGUAUUAUUAAAUUUACAUAUAUAGACCUAGAACUGACCAUACCAGCAAUGGAUACCAUCUUUCCAUGGAAUGUCACAAAUGAAUUGAAUCUAAUCAGAAAUAUUAGAUAUUUCCCACCAAACAAUACCAAUUAUAUCGAAACUUUCUCUUUUCAAGCCAAAAAGAUAGAGCAAAUCAUGAUGUUCGACUCACCUCUUUUAAAAUCAAAUGUUUUAUAUAGCUUUAAAUUUAAAUCAUCUUAUAGAAUGAAUUUUACAACUUUGGAUAUAAAACUGUUUUCGUUUAAUAUGUUCAACAAAACUAAUAGUACUGAUAUUUCAGUGGCUAGAACAGAAAUAUCAGUUGAUUAUAUUAGAGAUUACCAAAUCAGUAUUGUAUUCUUUCCAACUUUUAAUAUUGUCUUAAAGUAUCCCUCCGAGAACUCAAACUCACAGUUUAAAUAUGCCACUGAGAUUCCUUAUCCAAACCAAUUUAGUGGUUAUAUUAACUCCCAAUUACCAGACUUCCAAACAAUGUCUUCUCUAACUGUUGAAUCUAUAUUUUCGGGUACUAUUUUUAAUAUUAAUGAUUGGGUAUUUGAAAUUUAUGAUUUUCAAAUAACUAGUGUUAGCUCUUUUACAUUUAUAAUUAGAAUCAGUUUCUCAACAAACUAUGAAAUCCUCCAAUUGACAAUGAAUUCAAAUCCUCAGAAAUUUCAACUCUUGGAAGGAACUCCAUUCAAUGGAACUUAUGAACUUUCAAUCUACAACAACAAUAUUAAUAUCUAUACUUUUUCCUUCAUAAAUACAAGAGGAGAAUUCAAAUAUUUAUAUAAUAGUCAAUUUUAUAAUAAUAAUUUAAAUUCGACUGAUCCUUAUUUAUCAAUUAAUACCUCGGAUACUUUAAGUCCCGAUGAUUUUAGUUAUAUUGGAUUCAGAAGAACAACAAUGGAUCUUUCAAAGAAUGAAUUUUCAAACACAUUGUUUUUCAAUCUUACAAGACCACUGUCAGGUAUUCUUGAUUAUAUAUUUGUAUUUAAUGAUCCUACCAAUCAAAGUCCUACAUUCAAGACGAAGUUUGAUAUCAACAAAAAUCUAUAUUGUAUAGAUUUCAAUGUUACUUCUAAAUCUGUAGAUGGACCUGUUAGAUUUAUAUUAUCAAACUAUCAAAACAUGAUCUAUAGUUUUGAUCUUUCAAAUUUUACAGUCAAUAUUAUUAACUCAAUUAGUCAUUCUUACCAACCAGAAAUAACAUCUAUUAAAGCUUUCCCAUCAACAUCUAUCAACACUGACGGUCAAAAUCAAUUCCAACUUGGUUGGAAUGUCACAAUUUUGAAUGAACCAUUGGGAUUUACUUUUGGAACUUUCGAAAUCAUUUCAAAUUUGGACUCUCUUCCACGAGUUAUUAAAGUCAAUGAAUUCAACAGAAUCAAUGGAAAUGCUCAAAAUGGAACAUAUACAGUGUAUACAACGAUUGCAACCAAAUGUACUUCUCAAAACUUUACAAUCAGAUCAAUUUCAUUGACUGAUGGCGUUCUCCAAUAUAAUCCUCUUUCAACUAUUAUUGGAACACCAGAUGAAUCUGAAUUAAUCAUAAGUUUAAUUUGUCCAACAAUUCUAGAUACAACACCACCAGUUAUCACUGAUUUUUCAGUUACACCAUCUGUCAAAGUUUACUCAAUGGACAGAAGAGUUGAAUUCAACUUGUCAAUCUCAGAUGUGAAUGGGUCAGCAUCUGAAAAUGGAGAUAUAAUUGAAAUACCAUCUUUAAGCUUUUCAUAUUUCGAUGGCAUCUCAGCCACACUCAAUGGAUAUUCAGAUCUACCAUAUGGAUUUGGAUUCAAUAAUAUCACGAUUUCAAUUUAUGGAAUUGUUGACAAUCGAUUGAAUUAUGCAUCAUAUUUGACUUCCGAUCUAUUGUCAAUUGGUAAAACAUAUCGUAUCUUCAGAGAUUCCAGUGUUGUAUAUCCUUAUCUUGUUAGUUCCACUCCAAUUCUAUCAUUAGGUGGUCCAAUGGGUUUAUUUGGUGCUGGUUUUAGUUCAUAUAAGUUGGGUAUCAGUGUUUUGGUUGACUUUAAAGAUGGAAAGAAUUUCCAACCGAUAAACAUCGACUUUUUAUCAAAUGUUUAUUUUAAUGUAACUCUCCCAAGGUUCUUCCAGUCUUCAAUUGAUGUUCAAAUUAUCAGAAAUGGAUUGAGUUCUAAUAUUCUUACUGUCGAUGUUUCAGACUACUAUUACCAAGAACCCACUACAACCCCUAAUGUUACAUCAACACCCACUACGACACCGAAUACAAAGACAUGUCCAGGCAAUCCAAUUUGCAACAACAAAGGAAAAUGUAAUCUUCAAACGUUGGUUUGUGAAUGUAUUCCAAUGUGGUAUGGUCCAUCAUGUGCAUCUGAAAUCAUCAUCAUUCCAACACCAACACCACAACCACAACCAACAUCUGAAACAACUUAUGUUUUUGAUUCAAACAAUAUCACAUCAGUUGUUCAAGUGAUUGCAGUGAGAGAAUUGAAUGAUAUUUACAAUGUUGUCAAUGAAUAUCCAAUUCAAAAUUGGACAUUAACAAUUGCAGAUCCAAAAUUAAUCACAAUUCCAACAUAUUAUUAUCAAACACAACUUGGAAACACUUCAACAACAUUGAAUGUCACAAUCGAAUUCUUUACAAACCAGACCGAACGACAAUUUGGUGGUCAAAACAUAACACUUUCACCAUCAUCAAUCAAAUUCUCAAUGUCAAUUGGAAGAUAUCAAUUCCAAUCAAAAACAAACUAUCUCCAAGUUGUAAUGGCAGCAACCAUUCAAGGUUCUGAUGGAUCAUGUUCAUCGAAAUCGAUUGGAUCUGGAAAUGAUAACAAUGUUCGAUGGAUCAAAAUGAACAUUGACAAAACAAGUCUUUACGGAAGAUUCAUCACCUAUGGAAUCAUUGACGGCAAUGUCCGAACCAUUGAGAAUCGACUCAUUGAUGAUGAUAAUGAAACAGAAACUCCACAAACAAGAACAACCAAAGUUGGUAUUACAAUUCCAAACUUUGAUGAUUCCGUUCUCUUGGAUCCUGACUUUUCGAAUCUCAUCGAUGUCAACAACGAUUCCAAUGAGAAUGAGAUCUGUCAAUCAAAGAAGAAACUCAGUAAUGGUGCAAUUGCUGGAAUCGUCGUUGGUUGUGUCGUUGCCAUUGCAAUUGUCGUUGGUGCUGCUCUCUACUUCAAAAAGAGAGCCAAAUAUAACAGAGAAAAAUUAAAAAUGUCUCAAAAAUUAGAGAGAAUGAAUAAUAAAGAAAAUUAA